CUCUGGACCUGCUCCGCUCACUGCUACUCAUCUGACCAGCUGAAGACUCCUUCAAAGCUCUCUGACUGAUAAGAGGAGCUGCUGACGUUGGGAGGAGGCCUUCAACACCGCGCCUGACUGUCGCUCCCGCAGGACACCAGGAUGACAUGGAGUUUCCACGUUUUACUUUCAACCCAAAGGAAGGCAUCGAUAACCCAGCUCUGGUCAUCGCUGACGAUCCUGAGCCGGAUGCCAGGCCUGUACCCAGACUGUGCCAGCUGAAGCACCUCGAGGGCCAGAGCUUUGGCUUUAACCUCAGUGUGGAUCAGAGCGGCCGGCCCUUGGAGAUCAGAGAUGUGGAGCCCUGGAGUCCUGCGGAGCACAGCGGCCUCAGGAAUGGAGACCGACUCUUGGAGGUCAAUGAGGAAUAUGUGGGCAGUGUGGACUUUCGCAGGGUAGUGAGGAAGAUCUGGUGGUCCGGUGUCCACCUGUUCCUACUGGUCCUGAGAAAAGAAGACUAUGAACAGUCAGUGUCCGAGGGCCUGGACCUGCAGAAGCUCGCAGAAGCCUCCAAAGGCGAUGGCUGGUCCAGACCCAGACUGUGUCACAUCAGCAGAGACCCGGAUCAUGGCCUGGGGAUGACCAUCACAUCCAUGAACGCAGGUCAGCAGAGCCGCUUCCAUGUCAGCACCAUCUCUGAUGGUCCAGCAGAGAGAGCCGGGGUUCGUACUGGAGACGUCCUGCUGUGGAUCAACGGAGUGUCUGCAUCAGCCCUCACAAGCUCCGCCCUCAAUAGACUUGUGAGGAAGAGUGUGGACUCCGUGACGGUCCUGGUGAUUGACGGUGACGGUGAGGCUUGCUACGUUCGUAGGAAGAUGGCCAUCCUUCCUGCGGUGGCCAGAAGCUCCACCCUCCCCUAUAACGCCAAGAGCAUGCACCUGGUGAAACGGCAGGAGGGAUACGGCUUUCUGCUGAGACAGGAGAGGGUGACCAGUCCUCAGAAGAUCGCUCACAUACUGAGGGAGGUGGAUGAGGGCAGCGCUGCUGAGGAUGCUGGGAUGGAGGACGGAGACCUGCUGCUCGCCGUUAACGGAGAACCAGUGGAGACCAUGGAGCACGACGACGUGGUGAAGACGAUCAAGGGGAGUGGAGACAGAGUAUCCCUGACCGCCAUAUCCAUGGAAGGACGAGAAUUCUACAGAGAGAUGAGGAUUUCUCCUCUGUUGUUCCACGAAGAACACUUUCUGAACAGCAUCGAGGUGCAGGGAGAAACUUCUCCGAGAAACCCAACCAGGCCUGGCAAGGACGGAGAUAAGCAGGGUUCUGGUUCCCUCUCCUUCCUGGAACCACCAGAACCUUUCUUCUCACAGCCGUCACACAAAACAGAUGUUUUCUUAUGAUAAAAGAGUCCCCAACAUCUGGGAGAGGAGGACAGGGGGGUUCCACCAACACCUGGAUGAGGCGGAUGGGGGAGGGUCCUGACUGAAGAUCCUCCAAAUCUUUAAUGAGAUCAGGACCUUCCUUUUCAACGUCAUAUUUGUACAUUUAAAAAAGAAAAAGUCACAAAUCACUGUGGAAAUUGGUGAAAUCCUGCAGGUCAGAGAAGAUGGAUGGAAGACCCUGGAGUGGUGGAACUCUGAGUUCAGAAUCAGUAGAGAACUUUGAUGCCUUUGAAGAUAAAAAUCUAAAUACACCUCAAAUCUUCGAUACUUUCUGGAGGUGAAACAGAAAUGCUUGUUUCUGAAAUGCUAAACGGUGGAAACGAAUCCUGAAUCUUCCUGGAAACUGAUGGAACGCACAACAGGAACGGUUUAGACUGCAGAGCCGGUCUGGGUCACGUUGUUGGAGCAGCUUCAGCUACUUGGUGCAGUCCUGACUUCAUAGCUGGUCUGGGAGGAUCUGAGGAUGGAGUUCAGCUACGAGCAGGGAGUGACUGUUAACCGAGUGUCACAUCAGUGAUGUUCCCGCUGCAGAUCUUCACCACCAGCUCCUCCAGUCUGGACCUCCUGAAGCAGCCAGGAACCUCUGAGGAUCAGGUUCUGCUGGGACCUGCAGACCCAAGACUUGUCCUGCUACGGCAGGUAGAAUCUGAGCAGCUGCAGGUCUUGUGUCAGAUAGCGUUUCAGUAGCAGAAGUAUGACUUGAGCCGUGUUCUUGUUAUUAUUUUAUUAUUAUUUUUGUCAAGUUUGAAUGUGUGUGUCAUGAAAAAUGAAAUAAAUCUGAACAAAUGUCUGAUGGAUGUGAAAACUACGGUGGCCGACAAGGGCCAAACGCACUGCAACGGCCUGAUGCGUCUCAGUUAAGGAAAACGGCUUCAAGUACAGAAACGAUUCAA